AACCUGAAAUCAAAUAAAAACCUGAAGAUUAAUAAUAAUAAGUGUCUAUUUUUCUGCUCAAGACUAAUUCUUCAGUUUAUAGUCGCUGACUCUCUCUCAAUUUGAUCCGAGAUCGAAGAACAACAUCAACAACACCAAAAACGUUACCGUUUCAUCAAUCGACUCUUUAAAUUCGCUGUUGUAUUGUUGCUCGUUUUCGUGUAGUUAGAUUCUGUAAUGCAGAUCAACGGUGCAAUCUGGCUGUGAAUUUGCGCAAUUUUCUUCUUCAAUGGACGGCCUACAUAUUUGCUUCAGAGUUUGCAUAAGGAUUUAAACAUUUUCUGGGUGAUAAAUACCUGGACUUGAUUGUGGGAGAUAACAACUGCUUGAGAAUCAUGCAUCGCAGCAGUGCACUUAAAAGAUCAAAUGAUAGUGCCAGGAUUAUCAUCACAGCAAUCAUGGGAAUUGCCUUUGGUUUUUUUAUUGGUAUUUCAAUUUCAUCCGUCCAUUUGACUAAGAUUAGCUUACUUUCUGGUGUAGGGAAUUCUUUUGAUGUAUCUAUACCUGAAAUAGAUAGAUUUUCAGCUGACAUAGACAGAACUCAUGCUGUUAUGGACGAAUCUUCUGGAACCAAACAUCUCGAGGCACUAGGAUCAAUGAGAUUACCUAAGAUAAAUGUUCCAUCAAAUCCUCGUGGAGCUGAAUCACUACCCCCUGGAAUUGUUGAAUCAGAAUCUGAUCUUUAUUUGCGUAGACUGUGGGGAGAACCUAGUGAGGAUCUGAAGAAAAAGCCAAAAUAUUUGCUAACAUUCACAGUUGGUUAUGAUCAGAGGAAUAAUAUCAAUGCUGCAGUAAAAAAGUUUUCUGAUGAUUUUGCAAUUUUGCUCUUUCAUUAUGAUGGUCGAACUAGUGAAUGGGAUCAAUUUGAGUGGUCAAAGAAUGCAAUCCAUAUUAGUGCAAGGAAACAAACGAAAUGGUGGUAUGCUAAAAGAUUUUUACACCCUGAUAUAGUAUCAGCUUAUGAAUAUAUUUUUAUUUGGGAUGAAGAUCUUGGAGUGGAACACUUCAAUGGAGACAAGUAUAUUGAUUUGGUCAAAAAACAUGGUUUGGAGAUCUCUCAACCUGGUCUGGAGCCCAAUAACGGAUUGACAUGGGAAAUGACAAAGAGGAGGGGUGACAGCGAUGUUCACAAGGUUACAGAAGAGAAACCAGGCUGGUGUCGUGAUCCACAUCUGCCUCCUUGUGCUGCAUUUGUGGAAAUUAUGGCGCCUGUCUUUUCCCGGGAAGCAUGGCGUUGUGUGUGGCAUAUGAUUCAGAAUGAUUUAGUGCAUGGAUGGGGACUGGACUUUGCUCUCAGAAGAUGUGUAGAGCAACCCGCACAUGAAAAAAUUGGUGUAAUUGAUUCCCAAUGGAUUGUCCAUCAAGUAAUUCCUUCUCUCGGUAGCCAGGGAGAAGCCCACGGCGGAAAAGAUCCACGAGAUGCGGUCCGAACCAGAUGCAAAAGUGAAUGGGCCCAAUUUCAAGCUCGCCUAACCGAUGCUGAUAAGGUGUAUCUUCAAGGACUUAAACAAAUUGGGAAGGGUUGAUGUAUGGAUCCAUCUUCCUAUUGUACAUGUUUUACAUGCACUCGAGGGUGUUUUGUUGUGUAUUGAUUUCUUCCCUCAAGUGUAAUUUUUGACGUAUGUAGACUCUCUAAUGAUUUAUGAUUUUUUAUAAUUUUUUUUAAUAAUUCAACUGAUGGACCAGAAUCGUCUCAAA